AUGGUGAAAAAUAUGGAUCCUGUAACUGUCACUGACUCUGUUGACAGGUUUGAGGACGUUGGAGACGAUGAAGCAAUGAUUGCGAAAGCACGUGAAAUUGAAAACGUUGAUAAUGUUGUGGAAGUAAUCAAAGAAGUAAGUGAUGGUGGCAAUUACGAUGAAGGUGAUGGUGGUGAUGCAAACGAUGAAGUUGAAGACGAUGAUUAUGAGGAUAUCAACGAAAAAAGUGACGAAAACAAAGAAGGUAUGUUUGAAGUAAAAGAUGCGUUUCAGAAAUUUGAGGAAAGACAGAACAAAUAUGUUCAAGAGAAUAAUGAGAUCAAUAACAACAUAGAGAAACAACAUUUGCCUAAAUUUGAAGAUGGUAAUGAAAAGGAAGAAAACGCGGUUCCAAAGCAGAGAGAAAACGACGAAGAUGAAAUAGAAGAUGAUAAGGCAGCGAAGUAUAAAGAAUUAGACCGUAAUGAUGAAACAAAUAGAAAGGUUGAUGACGAUGACGGUAACUAUGGAGAAGGAAACGAAGGAGGUGAAGAUGAUAAAGCAGACAAGCCGGAAGGAAAUAUUACUCCGAACGAAGUAGAUGUUGACGAUACGUUAAGGGUAAACAAGGAUAACAAUGAGAAUGUGAAUGAUAUCGCACCUGCUGUUCCUAACGUGCAUGAUAUACGAGAAAGAGUUCGUGCGUUUGAAAUUGAAAAAAUGAAUUUGUCUGAAAAGAAAGAUGAAGAAGAGAACGUGGUGAGAGAUGAUAACGACGACAAUGAUGAAGGUUCUGAACAUAACGACAAUGUGCAAAAGAAAAACCAAGAACUUGGUUCCGAUGGACAAGGGGUAAACAUUGAUGAAUCUGACCUAGAUGCAAACGAAAGAGACAAGUUUCGAUAUCUGUGGAGACUUCAUGCCUUCAACGCGUACGCUAGUGACCUCAUUCCCGUCAAUAGAUCUUUGCCCGACAUCAGGAGCCAGAGUUGUAAAUCCAUCAAGUACAACAUUUCAUCCCUGCCGGAGACUAGUGUCAUCAUUACGUUCCACAACGAGGCUCUCUCCAUGCUGCUCCGGUCCGUCCACUCCGUCCUCAACCGGGCCCCACCAGAACUGGUCCGGGAGGUCAUACUGGUGGACGAUGGCUCCUAUCUUGGUGAUCUAGGGGCACCAUUAAACACCAGUAUCAUUGGCCUGGAUAAGGUCCGGCUUAUCAGGCUGUCCCAGCAGACUGGGCUUAUCAGAGCUAGACUCGAUGGCGUGAAACACGCACGUGCGCACGUGAUUACAUUUCUGGAUUCGCACGUGGAGUGCUUGGAAGGCUGGUUGGAGCCCAUGUUACAGCGGUUGGUGGAGAAACCAGACACGGUCAUUUGUCCGGAUAUACAGAUCAUUGCUGAGGAUACGUUCAAGAUACUGCGUCACAAGCAGAUGUAUGUGGGCGGUGUUCGUCUGUCCGAUCUCAAGUUUGACUGGGUACCCAUACAGCAGAAGGACCGGCCCCCAAACAUCAACGGUACUCAGCCCGUCAGGUCUCCAACUUUCAUUGGUGGUCUAUAUUCCGUGUACAAAGACUACUUCAUCAAGAUGGGCUCGUACGAUGAUCAGAUGGACUUGUGGGGAGGGGAAAACAUAGAAAUGUCUUUUAGGAUCUGGCAGUGUGGGGGAUCGGUGGAGAUCCACCCGUGUUCCCAGGUGGCACACAUGUACCGGAAGACCAAUCCUUUGGAAAGCUCCAUGAAACAAGAAGUGGAAGCAGCCGCCAUCAGGAACAACCGCCGUCUGGCUGAUGUCUGGCUGGACGAAUAUAGCAAAUUUUAUGUAGAGGAAGGGAGUGAGAAGAUUGACCCAGGGGAUUUAUCAGCCCGCCGGAAGUUAAGAAAGGACCUUAAGUGCAAAGACUUCCGCUGGUACAUCGACAACGUGUAUCCAGGACUGUAUGUACCAGGGAGGUUCUCACCAAGAGGACAGAUACGAAACCCAAUGUCUGGAAAAUGUCUAGAGACAAGAAUUGACAUGCCAGAAACAUCGCUGACUGCCAGAAACUGCAGUGGAUUACCGAAUCAGGAGACCCGGGUUCGCUUACCGGCCUGGACGCAAUUCUGGCAGUUGACGUCACUAGGCGCAAUACAACGCGAGACUGGGUGUAUGGAAUUCCAUGGCGAUCCAGACGGUGAAAACCUUCGUCCUACCCUGGAAAGAUGCUCCGGAGGUGGUAAAGAACAGACCUGGGUGUACACAAAUAAUAACUGGCUGUACCACCCUGCUUCGAAGCAAUGCCUUGGCCUUCAAAACUCCACACUCUUCCUUCGAAUGAUGCAAUGUGAGGAAGACGAUAGAUUCCGAUGGACGUGGAACAACAACGGGUUGGAGGACGGAUUCCUCUGA